GCUUAUGACUCCAUCCGAGAGCGCUUCGUAUGCCGAGGCCCAACGGCUGGACGACUCAAGGAAGCCUUUCCAAUCCAAAGUGGACAAGUGGGAAGGCUCCGGGUUCGUCUGGUCGUUCUCUAUCCUAGGACCAGGACUCCUGGUGUGUUUGGCCGACACCGAUGCCGGAUGCCUCCUGGUAGCCGGCCAGUCUGGCUCCAGGUGGGGCUAUGCGCUGUUGCCUCUGCAGGUCCUGCUGAUCCCGGUCCUCUUCAUGGCCCAGGACUUAACGGUCCGACUCGGUGUCUGCACGCAGCAAGGCCACAGUGCUUGCAUCCGCGACCACUUCGGCCGCGGAUGGUGCUGGUUAACAACCGCCCUCCUGAUUGCAGAGUGCAUCAUCGCCAUGGUCUCCGAGAUG